UUCUGUCGCUCACUAUCACUCAGUCUUCUGCUGACCAACAGCUCUGGUUAGUUCACAAACCUCAUGAACUCCGCUUGAAAUUUGACCUCAUUUUCUCGAGAAAAAUAAAAACCCUCGGUCACAUUUAACGGGAAACGCAAAGGCCCAAGAAAGAGAAGGAAAGAGUUAGCGUGGUUGUGGAAUGGGAUCGGGCGCCGCAAUCCCCCAAUGGACCUCAGAGCCUUGCAUCAUGGGCAUCGAUGAAGCUGGCCGUGGCCCUGUUUUAGGUCCAAUGGUGUACGGAUGCUUGUACUGUGCUCGCUCGUAUGAGAAGACUCUCUCCUCUUUGAAUUUUGCAGAUUCGAAGACACUGAAAGAAGAGAAGAGGGAGGAAUUAUUUGAGAAUUUGAAGGUUGACAAAUCCAUUGGGUGGGCUGUUGAUAUCAUAGAUCCAAGGGAACUUUCGGCCAAAAUGCUGAAGAAAAAUAAGAUAAACCUGAAUGAAAUCUCACAUGACUCUGCCAUUGGCCUUAUCACUAAAGUCCUAAACAUGGGAGUUCUUCUAACUGAGGUUUACGUGGAUACGGUGGGAGAUGCUGAGAAGUACAGGACUAAACUGUCUGAAAGAUUCCCUGCUGUCAAGUUUGUCGUUGCAAAGAAGGCUGAUAGUCUUUAUCCAGUUGUCAGUGGGGCAAGCAUAGUUGCAAAAGUCACAAGAGACAGAGCUUUGCGGGACUGGGUGCUUGAGGAAACAGCUGAUGACUUGCACAAAAACUUUGGUUCUGGAUAUCCUGGAGAUCCAAAUACUAAGGCCUGGUUGCAACAUCACAAACACUUGGUUUUUGGAUUCCCAACAUUGGUCCGUUUCAGCUGGGGUACAUGCACUCCCUAUUUCAAAGACAUUGUUGAAGUCUUAUGGGAAUCCAAUGAAAUGGAUGGAGAUGGUUCUAGCAGUGCUAAUGGCAAGCGGCAAUUGAAAUUAAGUAAUUUUGGUGUCACAAAAUCCAAGAGAAAGAUUGAAGAAAUUGAAUCAAGUGACAUGUUUCGUGAAUCAUGUGAUAAUCCAGGGACAAAGUUCAAGUGUGUACGACUUAUAAACGACUUGGAGUUAUGAAAUCUGGUACGAAAGUUGAACCUUGUGUAUUUGGAGAUCUGGUCCUGCCGUUAUUUCCAUUCUCACCAAUACUAGUUGAUCUGCCGUUUGCACUUCCAUGACUGUAUCCAUGUUCAAGUUUGCCGCUAUGUGCUAUUCUGCUUCUGCUAUUAUCACUAUCAUCAUCACUACCAUUGCUUCCAUGUCCAUUUGCACCUUCAUCUUCUGUGGUGGUUUCCUGCAUAAAUUCUGCAACGUAUUCUUUUAGAAGUUAACCAGUACCGAAACUUGUUUGACAAGGUCACAGAUUUCUUUUUGCCAUUAGGAAAUCAGAAAACUUCUGUAUAUAAAUUUUUAGUUUUUAAACUUUUUAUUUUAUCUGGCAUUGGGGGUGGUUGAAUUAUUCUCAAAUAGAGCGACUUUCUUUUUGGUCCAAAAACUUGUAGAGGAAGAAGAGUUCGAAAAGAUUGUAAUGGUAAUAGACUCGAUUGUCAAUUCUGUUUCAAA